GCUGUGAUCCGAUCCGUUUCAAUUAGACCGUGAAGCGCCAUGAAACUGUUACUCAAAAUCCACAACAAAGAGCGUCACUCGACGACAACCGCGGCGGUCAAUCUGUUCCAGCGGAAGCGUAAAUAUUAUCAUCGUAGACAUUCGAAAUCUUCUUCCCCGGUACCCGGGGCCUCCUUGCCUGCAUCCCAACAAUCUGUAACACCCGCAUCAUCUACCCCGUCGCACGUGUCCUCUGGCUCAUUCCCGUUGACGUCAGCCGUGACCGGCGGUGUGUCGCCCGGUACGUUUGACGCAGAUCCGACGACUUCCGGUGUGUCAUUGGCCACACUCAUCUACGGUGGAACCGGAAGCUGCACGGAAUCGAACGCCUGCUCCAGUGACAGACGUCCGCUGCUGCGGAAUUCCCCAUCACAGUCAUCGGCACGCAGUUUCGCUAGUUCCUCCCGAACCGGCCGCAACAAUCAGAACCGCGGGCUACCUUCAACGGAACCAUCGACCCUUCGGCAGGAACGGUACUUCAUCUAUGGUGCGCUGAUAUUUUUCGCGAUCGUUGGGUUUUCUACCGCUAUCUACUUCAUCGUGAACCAGGUCCACGGUCCCGUUGACAUUGACCGGGAGAUACUGUUCGACAACAACUACCACCGACGUACGAUGCCCAAUCUCGGCAACAGCCAUAUGAUUAUCGAGCGGCGUAACUGGGGAUCUCAACAUGGGGCUCACGGUUCAGUCCCGCUGGAACAUCCGGUCGAGUAUGUGCUUGUUACCCACAUUGGCGUACCCACCAAGAAUUGUUCCGGUGUGCAUGAAUGCUCAAACAGGAUGCGAAUGUUGCAGGAUGCAGCCAUUGGCGAGCGAUAUCUGCCCGAUAUCCCUAGCAAUUUCUAUCUUGGUGCCGAUGGCAAUGUGUACGUUGGUCGCGGUUGGGACAUUGCAAAUGCGUACCAAAACCGGACACUGUCCGUGUGCUUCAUGGGAUACUUUGAAAAGUACGGACCGAAAGAUACCCAAAUGUCAGCUUUGCAGCAUCUUCUCACGUACGGCGUUAUUCAUCGCAAGCUUGCCAACGACUAUAAGCUUGUAACACGGCGACAGACCAAACCAACCAGCACCAGUCCGGGUGAUCAGCUGUACGCUAAACUGGUCCGACUUUCUCGAUGGAAUCCUUGCGGCACGCAAGCAUACGCGCACUGCGGGUCAGAACUUGGCUUUCCGAGCGUCUGGGACGAAGAGCAUAAUUACAAUGAGCGCAACGGAAUUCAAAAUCCCCUCCUAUUAUAUCGAAAACACACCGAAGAAGAAUAA